AUGGCCGUUGAGCGCAUUGAGAAGAGGUGUCUGGAGCUGUUUGGCCGAGACUACUGUUACAGCGUGAUUCAGAACGUGAACGGGGAUAUCUGCGGCCACUACCCACAGCACAUCGUGUUCCUGGAGUAUGAGAGUUCUGAGAAGGAGAAAGACACGUUUCAGAGCACCGUGCAAGUGAGCAAAUUGCAGGACCUCGUCAACCGCAGCAAGACAGCCAGGUGCAGAGGACGGUUUGUCUGCCCGGUGAUCCUGUUCAAGGGCAAGCACAUUUGCAGGUCAGCCACACUGGCUGGAUGGGGGGAGCUGUAUGGACGCACUGGCUACAACUAUAUUUUCUCAGGGGGUGCAGACGACGCCUGGGCAGAUGCCGAGGAUCUCACGGAGGAGGACUGUGCUGUUCGAAGUUCCGACACGCAUCUCUUUGAUAAGGUCAGAGGCUAUGACAUCAAGCUGCUCCGGUACCUGUCAGUCAAGUACAUCUGUGACCUGAUGGUGGAGAACAAGAAGGUGAAGUUUGGCAUGAAUGUUACCUCCUCCGAGAAGGUGGACAAAGCACAGCGCUAUGCCGACUUCACUCUCCUCUCCAUCCCAUAUCCAGGCUGUGAAUUUUUCAAGGAAUAUAAGGAUCGGGAUUACAUGGCUGAAGGGCUCAUUUUUAACUGGAAGCAGGACUACGUCGAUGCCCCUCUGAGCAUCCCUGACUUCCUGACUUGCUCUCUGAAUAUUGACUGGAGCCAGUAUCAGGUGAGGGGACCCCUGGUGCCCACCCCACAAGCCCCUCAGGCAGAGGUCUGAAUGCCUGGCUCACCUCCAAUCUCUGACAGCCUAGGAAAGGAGGAGCUGUUGUCUGUCUGACUCUCUCUCCUGAUUUGCUCUUGGCCCAGAAAAUCAAAGCUUUCUGAACAUGACUCACUGAAAGAUUUGCAUCCACCAGGGGGUUCUGUUUCCAGAGGAGGACUGCAUGGAGUUUGCUUUUCCGGUUCUAGGACUUAGUGACUUUUUUCAUUUUACCUUUUAAAUGCAUGUUCCAUCAGAGGAAGUGCAGCACUCCCUGACCUGAUUUGCUCAUAGAAACCUGAAAGUUAUUUCCAUUGUGCGUCUCUCUUGUUACUGUCUGCCGUGGAAGGGGCGCCAGUCUUACUGGAUGAACCCAUCUGUCUACCACGUCUGGCCCACACUGUACAAGCCUGUGGCCCAUUAGCAAUCUCCUUGCCACCUGCUUCAGCCAGGACAGGGAGCCUCAUUCUGCCCACUGCCUUCCCCACACCUAUUCCCUCUGCCUGGCUGGCCCCCCACCCC